AGAAAACUCUGUUACUCACCCCGUCUCCAACUUUGAGAGGAAGUUACCACCUCUUCCCCAGACUCUGUACACACACGCUCGGGCAGACACACACACGCUCUUCAGGACUUGACCACAGCUGCAACAGUGAGACAGUCAGUGCCGCUUGUAAUGCCGUGUUUGUUUUUAAAAAUUUGGAGGGAAAGAAGACGAAGAUUUGCAGUUUGCCUGAAGCUUUCUGAGAGAACCGAGCAGCCUCUUAAGGACGUUUUCUCUCAUCAGUGACCGGGUGGCCAAAUGAACUGCUAAACUGAGGACCAAAGAUCACAGGCCUGGAUCCAAUUUCAAGAGAGAAAACGGGAGAGAGGAGUUUGAGGAUUUUGCAUCCAGUUGUAAAGUUUUCAAUAUGAGUAUGAGCUCGGACUGAAGGCGGCUUCACAGCUACACUCUGUGGUGGGGAAAAAUCGUACGUCGCCAUGGAUGUGAAGAAGAAAGAAAUGGACCUCCUGAGCAACAGCAUAGCAGCAUAUGCACACAUCAAGGCGAACCCGGAGAGCUUCGGCCUGUACUUUGUGCUGGGAGUGUGUUUCGGACUGGUGCUGACACUCUGCCUCCUCGUCAUCCGCAUCUCCUGCAAGCCGCGGACCGCCAUCGCUCCCCCCACGCCCGAGAAAAAAGCCUUGAAGGACAUCAGCGAGGAAGACGAGGAGAGCGACGAGGACGAGGACGAGGAGGCGGAGAACACGGAGGUGCCUGUCCUCCUGCCCAGCACCGAGAUCCCGGUGGGGAACCACGUCAGCCAGUCGGACGGGGCGCUGAGCGUGAACGUGUUCACCUCGGCCGAGGAGCUGGAGCGCGCUCAGCGGCUGGAGGAGAGGGAACGCAUCAUCCGAGAGAUCUGGAGAAACGGCCAGCCCGACAUCCUGGGGACGGGGACGGGGACCAUCGGAAGAGUGCACUACUACUAACCAUGGAGGGGCCUGUGAAGGAGAAACACGGACCUCUGGGAGAAAAAUGACUCGUGGAACAGAGAGACGUUGGUGGUGCCUCACGUAAUGCACUCGGCUCCAGCAGAGCAGAACUCUGAGAUAUUGCACUUCUUUUGUAGCGACGUUAUUUCUACAUGUAAAGAAACCGAGAGGCGACUGAUUAUGACUGAGAGGAAAAAAUGUGGUGUGAAUGUUUAAACUGUUGGACAUGUGACAGUCAUGGUGCUCAAUGAUAGGAACAAAUACCAAGUUUGUUUGUGUAACAAGUGAAAAAUGAAAGUAUUAUUCAGAUUCUUGUAUUGUUUGUUGCAAUGAGGACUAUUUGUUUGCGAAGGGAAUCCUUUUCCUUCAGUCUGGCAAGUUUAAGAAGGAAACUUGAAGCUUUUUUUUUUUUUUUGGAAGAAAAUUCAAUAAGGAAAGGAAAUUACAUAGUUCAAACAAACACCUAUCAGUUAAUGUGGAGGUUCAGAUACACAAGACACACAGCCUAAUGUCAGAACAACCACAAACAGCGUCUUUAAUUUAUGAGAACAUUACACCCAUGUCUAUGUUUUCAGGGAUAAUUCCACCAGAGGAAAUGAGUGAAUUAAAGGAUUAAGACUGAAAAUUACCGUUGUUUGUCUUUUUAAUGUCAGACAAAUAUACCAGAAAUCAAAUGUACCCUCUGGGCUGUGGAGUUAUGUGCAAGACGUUUUAAAGGAUGGAGCCACAGUCUAAAAGAAAUAUUGUUUUAUUGAAAAAACUAAUUUAUUAACAUAAACACAGUUUGUUUUUACAAGUCUGGUUGAGUUUAACAAGUGCUGAAAGGGACGAUGUAUAAAUAGAAAAACAUAAUUUGAUGUUCUUUAUCUUUCCCUUUACACACAAUAAAUAGACUAAUUAAAUAAAUGGACUGGAUACUGUGUUUCUCU